UUUGUGCGAGUUUUCUGUCUCUGUCUCUGUCUCUAUCACUCACUUUCUCCUGGGAGCCUGCUGAGGUCGUCUGUUGCUCGUGUUAUCAUCGUCGUUUGGUUUCAUUCCCAAGAUGACUCAUCAAUUCCCAUCCCUCUCUCCGGAGCAGAAGAAGGAGCUCUCUGACAUUGCUCAGAAGAUUGUGGCUCCAGGAAAGGGAAUCCUGGCUGCAGAUGAAUCAACAGGCACCAUGGGAAAACGCCUUCAGAAAAUCAAUGUGGAGAACACAGAGGAGAACCGUCGCUGCUUCCGUGACAUCCUCUUCUCCUCUGAUCCCUCCAUCGCCAACAGUAUUGGUGGGGUCAUCUUCUUCCAUGAGACACUGUACCAGAAAUCAGACAGUGGCAAGUUGUUCCCCAAAGUCAUCAAGGAUAAGGGCAUUGUUGUUGGCAUCAAGGUAGACAAAGGCACAGCUCGUCUAAAUGGAACUGAUGGAGAGACCACCACACAAGGUCUUGAUGGCCUCUCUGAGCGCUGUGCCCAGUAUAAGAAGGAUGGUUGUGACUUUGCCAAGUGGAGAUGUGUGCUCAAUAUCUCAGACAGCUGCCCAUCGGAUCUCAGCAUUGCAGAGAAUGCCAACGUCCUUGCCAGAUAUGCCAGUAUCUGCCAACAGAAUGGCCUGGUGCCCAUUGUGGAGCCAGAGAUCCUGCCUGAUGGAGACCAUGACCUGCAGCGCUGCCAGUAUGUCACAGAGAAGGUUCUGGCUGCUGUGUACAAGGCCUUGUCUGAUCACCAUGUCUACCUGGAGGGCACUCUGCUGAAGCCCAACAUGGUCACCGCUGGACACUCCUGCACUACAAAGUACACCCCUCAGCAGGUUGCCAUGGCUACAGUGACUGCGCUGAGGCGCACCGUCCCUGCUGCAGUGCCUGGCAUCUGCUUCCUCUCUGGAGGCCAGAGUGAGGAAGAGGCCUCCCUCAACCUGAACGCCAUUAACCAGGUGCCCCUCCAUCGACCCUGGAAACUAACCUUCUCUUAUGGCCGUGCACUCCAGGCUUCUGCUCUUGCAGCCUGGCAGGGCAAAGCUGCCAACAAAGCAGCUUCACAGGAAGCUUUCUGCAAAAGAGCCAAGGUAAGACUGGCCAGGCCUCCUCACAGUCUCUGUACACUGCCAGCUAUGUUUAUUAAAUAG